GUAUCUAUUUAACUAAAUCAUUACUUAAUUAAUAUAUAUUGUUAUAUUCUAAAAUAUUUGUAUGUUUUGUGAAAUAGAAACAGCAUAUUAUUAGUACAAAAGUUUGAAGUAAUAAUGUAAAAUACAUAAAUUUCAUUACUAUUUAUUUCUUAAUACAUAUUAGGUACAAUAUUUUUAUUACAUGCAUGUAAAAAUUAGUGGAAUGCUAAUAGCUAUUAAUUUACUCAUAUAGAUAUACAUAAAAAAAACGCUAGCUUCAGUAAAAAUGACAAAAGAGAUGACAGCAAUCAUAUAUACUUGAACAGUAUUAAUUGCUAAUUAUUAAGUAUUGAUUUUUUUAAAUGGGGACGUAGAAUGUUCCAGGGGGAGGCUGUUCGUUCGCAAGUACCUGGAACUACUUUCUGUAGUGACAAAAACGUUCACAUUUAUCCCACCCUUUAGGCGCGUAGUAAUACACAAUCAGAAAAAUGGCGGGAAAGUUUGGAAAAAUUAUCUUUAAAUUCACUAAUACCGAUUAACUUCUAAAAAAUCUAUGGAUCGAUAUUAACUUCUGACAGGAGAAACUUGCGAUUUUAUUAAGUUACUGAAUACGAAACAGCUUUAAGGAAUCAUUAAAGAAGUAAAUAGAAAGUACAGCCAAAUGGGUGAAAGAAAAUGGCGGACCAAUUAAGAGUGCCGCGCUGAUACAUUUUAUUCUUUAUUUAUAGCAAGGAGUAGUAUUUUAUCAGUACAAAUAUAAUAUAUUUUACAAGAAACAUGAAAUUCUCGUUUAAAUAACGAACAAACGCAGCAAAAGGUGUCAUCUGAAGAUAAAUUAUCAAAAAUGGUAUGUGCUACAUGUAUAAAAAGAUUAGAAAGCAUUCACCGCUUUGCAAUGAUGGCAUAUAGGACACAAGAAAAAUUAAAAUCACAAUUAUAUAGUAGUACUGACAAUGUAAGUUUUGUUCAAGAUGUAGAAAUGGAAAGUAUUAAGGAUAUGCAAGAUACAACAAAGAGAAUAGAGGAUCGGGGAUUAUUGCAUACAAUAUUAACAAAAGGGGCAAUAGAAAUUUUAGCUGAAGGUGAGCCUUUGGGACCAUCAGAAUUAUUAUCACAAGAGGAUAAGUGUCAUACACCAAGUAUGGAAGAAAUGGAAGUCAAAGUAGAUCCAAUGAUAUUUUUACAGUGUGGUAUGGAACAUUCAGCAUCAGAAACUUCAGAAGAUUCAGACAUUGAAGAAAAUUCAACAAGGAUAAAUACUUCAGAACCAUUAUCACUAAUAAAUAAAAUUGAUGAAAUAAAGAAAGAAGAGAAGGAAGAAGAUAAUGAUAGAUCACAAGAAGAUAGCGAAGAUGUUGUUUCUAAUGCAUUAACAAAACCUCAUGAAUGCACAAUUUGUGCUAGAUCCUUUAUAUCUCAAAUUGGUCUACAAAAUCAUUUAUGGUCUCAUUUGCCUAAAGAUAAACGACCCGAGGGAAAGCCUAUUUUAAAAUCUCAACAAGUUUAUUCUACAAAUGGUGUACUCCACAUGAACACUGAUAAUAAUUCGUCUGGUAACUUUAUCUGUCCAAUUUGUAGUAAAAAAAUUUCUACUAAGGGAAAUCUAAAAGUACAUUUGGAAACUCAUCGGCCUAAAGGAAAAUAUGGUUGUGAUAUAUGCGGAAGAAUUUUUAAAACACAGUCAAAUUUAUUCAAACACAAAGAAUACCAUGGUAGGAUUCAAUUUCCAUGUAAUGUAUGUGGAAGAGUUUAUCCAACAAAUUCUACAUUACGCGCUCAUAGUAUAACACAUUCAAACUUGAGGCCACACGCGUGUCCUCUUUGUGAUAAAACGUUUAAGAGAAAUCAAGAUUUAAAAUUUCACAUAAACCAACAUACAGGUGCAAGGCCUUAUCAAUGUCCAUAUUGUCCAAAAGCUUUUGCGAGUUCUGGAAAUUGUUUCUCACAUCGUAAAAGAAUGCAUCCUCGGGAGGUGCAUCGUGAUAGACAAAGAGCUGCAGAUUUAAUGAGAUGAACCAUGGGUAGCCAAUACGAAGAUUGGUUUUAGAGAAACGUAACAAUUUAUGAAUGAUCGAAUUAAUAUAAUAUAUUAGCUAUCACGAGAAAAAUGAGCUUCAGUUUUGAAUAUCAAUGGUGCUAAACGUAAGAAGCAACGGAAAUUUUGUAUCCUUUAAUUGACUCAUUUAAGCGUUAGUGUUAGAUACGUUAUUGUUGUUAACAAGCACUUGGUUGUUUGCUCUUAUCGCGUAACUUAUUUAUAUAUAAAAUAGAGAGAAAUAUAUAUUUUUUUUAAUUUUUUAACUUAUCAAUGUUACUGAACAUAUACUUCCAUUGUUGUUGAUACAUUUAAUAAUUAUUAUUUAUUAACUCAUAUAUAGUACAAGUGAUAAUAACAAUAGGUUUUUAACUCUCUAGUCAGAAUAAGAAAUUUGUAUUUUUUACUCACUUAUCAAUAUUUAACUUGUAUACAUUUUCUUCUUCAUCUUUAAGGGUAGAAAUUCUAUUUAGAUCGCCUUGAUACCAUUUCUUAGAAACAAUUUUGUAACUCAACAUUUGAAAAUUAUACAUAACACAUGAGUUUAGUUUAAGCGAUACGAUAUCAAUAACAUCAUUCAAUUGAAACAGUAUUAUUUUUUAAAUUAGUAUCAAGACCCAUCGGUAAUGAACACAAUAAAGUAUUAAGCCUUAAAAAGUUUAGGAUUAAAAUGAUAUUUCUUAUAAUUUAUCUAGAGGAAGUUAAUAACUGUUUAGUAGAAAAAAAGUAAGUGUAAGAUAACUGUGAUUUUUUAUAAAUCGGCGAUAUAUUCGUAGGAAUACAAAUUCAUUCGUGUCCGAUGGGUUGAAUAUCGUAGAUAUAAAAGAAAAGGAAGAAGAUUGCGUGCGCUCAAAAGUUAGUCCUCAAUUAAGUAUGAAUUUUCUCUUUCUUUUUUUAUAUUUAGGUACAAAUGGGGGAUUAAUAUUUUUUAAAAGUAUUAAGUGAUAGCACAAAAGAUUGAACGUUCAAAUUAUUUUAUACUUCUUAUACAAUUUGAAUCUUGUUAUACUAAUGCGAUUUUAUUUCUUUAUUGUCAAAAAUGAAUUUGAGCGGUGAUGAAGGUUCUAAAAGAAAACGUGUUAUGUAUUUUGUCCAUUACAAAGAGCUGUCUGACAGCAAGUAUUAAAUAAGAUACUUAUAUACAAAAAGCCGUAAAUGACCAAAAGAACAAAGAGAAAAAAAGGGGACAUUCUUCGAGAGAAUGAAAGAAAUUUUGUAGAUCACGGCAUAUUUUUAGCACAGUACAUAAUUAUCAUAAUUAAAUAACGUUAAGACUGUAUACUGAAAUUCUGUGUCAAAUUAGAGUAAAGUAUAAGCAUAAGAAGUAGCUGAACGACAUCGGAUGAGUCUAGUUUAUUCGGAUGCAGUAUUAAGUAAUUAAUUAUAAACAAACCGUAGGAGCCAUAAAUAACGUUAUAAGCGAUCAUAAUGUUAUUCUUUUAAGCAGAAUUAUGAUUAAACUGAAUGUUAACUAAAGUCUGAGUAGCCCUUAGGAAAUUUUAGAUAGGUUUUAGCGUGAAACCACUGUAAUUUGUAGAGAUCAUAGCCUGUGCUUCCGUAUGUAUCGUAUACAUUCGCACAUGUGCUGGAUAGUCCAAGACGAGAAUGUUCGAUAAUGGAAACAUAUACGACGAUAAUUACGUUAUUGACAAGUAGUAACUACGAUUAAAAAUUCCCAUGUAAUCGCGUUGCUACGUUAGUGUAGUAAGGGGUGAUCAAGCUUUCGCCUUGAUGAAAAUGAAAUGGACCAAAGGAAAUAUGAAAGAUAUAUCAUCGAAUUCGUUAUUCAAAUAUCGUUUAACCCUCAGACGAAGAUUAUGUUUCUAUUUCCAUUUAGGCAUUUACUUCUUUAGUAUCCUACAUUUCUCUUAGGAAUAAAUUAUUUCCAAACUUGAUAAAAUAUAACACAUUUCAAGUAAUUACAAAAUGAAAGCGUAUAUAAUUGAAGAGCACAACCGGGUUAAAAGGAUUAUCCUGAUUUUAUGAAUUAAAAAUGUAGUCCAAGUAAUGAUCGAUUAAAUGCGAAAGCUUCGAUGCACGGGUCACUCUAGCUUAUUUAGAAAUACAAUAUAUAUUUUGCAAUUACAUCUUUGCGUAUGCUUGCCAAUUAUAUCAUUAAUUAAAUACGAAUAAUUGUGUACGCGCGCAAAAAAAAAAUAAUCAAUUUUUGAUAAAAAGAUACUGGAAAAAAGAAGAAACAGGAUCGUUUAUGAUCUCACUCUUAUGGCUCAAUUUUUACAUCUAGUUCUUAAAGCAGGGAUGAGCAAAUUUUCAUAUUCCUUUUACUUUUAUUCUACCUCUUAAGACUGCCAAAUGCCAUUCCUUCCAAAAAAAAUAUUGUAAUUCUUAUUUCAAUAAUUAAAAGAACCUCAUUUCAUUUUUUUAUUUUUCAAUUCAGAAAUAUACAUUUCAUUAAUUAAAGUUUGCUCAGCUCUCGCUGUAGGGGGUCAAAAAUUGAGUAUUUUUAUAAAGUCCUCGUAACAAGGGCGAUUAGUGUUUAAUUAGCGAUUAACGAUAUCUCAGAAGUGCCAGUAAUCAGUGAAUAAACGUAGUGUACUUUGGCAGAUAAACACUGGAUAGUUACAUGUAGAAUUACAAUAUGAAUUUUCGAUAAUAUCGAUUGUGACACUUAAUAAAAUGAUUGUAUAAAAA